GCGCAGCUGGUUUCCGGGAGACGAGCUGCGACCCAGACGACAGUUGGUGCUACACGAUUAGCUGUCUAGCCGUUUAUCCGUUUUUCUUGAACCGUAAACCGGCUGAAACUUUUCUGAAGUUCACCAGUGAAAAUUCUUCGUCUGCCGUUAGAGGAACAGUGGCGUGGGGGACAUAAAAGGCAUAAAAUCACUCUGCCUGGGGUAACAGUGAUACUAACCUAGCAAACUAAGCUAACUAACAAAGCUAGCUAACCUAACUGUUCUAACAAACAACCUGUUUGAGUUGGUCAGGGUAACGGAAUUGAGACUGGCCGGACUUUUAUUUAAGAUACCCGGUUUGAACACGGGAGAGUAAGAGAUCUGGGCACCCGUUAAAUAAAUGUGAGAUGAUGUUGGCAUAUAUCUGGCAGUACGUCUAUUCAUCCUUUCUUCGCUUCUGGCUGAAAUGGUUUCUCAGACACGUCACAGGGAAAUGUGAACUGCAGCGGAUAUGUGCUGGGUACAAGCAAGGAGCACUGAGGACGACACAGAUAGAGUACUCCCUGAAAUCCUCAAAAAACAAGGUGUUGCAAGAUGCUGUGAAGGUGAAGGAAGAUGAUGUGGUGGGCUGUGUGGCACAAAUCAUGAGAGAAAAGAAUAUCAAUGCUCAAAAAGAUCCAACGUUUAAGGGGAAUCUUCAGCAAUGCCUGUUGCAAAUAAGUGGCUAUAGCACACUGUUUACGACAGUUGAAGAGCUAAGAAAAGAGGUGUUCGACUCAGAAAAUGAAGACCAUGAGAAAAUGCUUCUUAAGUUGUGGGACUUGCUGAUGCCAUCAGUUAAGCUGGACUCUCGAAUCACAAAGCAAUGGGGCGAUAUUGGGUUUCAAGGUGACGACCCAAAGACUGACUUCAGGGGAAUGGGUAUGCUUGGCCUGGUGAACCUUGUGUUUUUCAGUGAGAACUACACCAACGCAGCACGACAAGUCCUGUCACAUGCAAACCAUCCCAAGCUAGGGUACUCUUAUGCCAUAGUGGGCAUUAACCUGACAGAGAUGGCCUAUAGUUUACUGAGGAGUGGCGCAUUAAGGAUGCACUUCUACAACAGUGUGGCAGGAAAACCUGAAAUGCACGACUUCCACCAGCUUUACUGCUACCUGGCACACGAGUUCGAUAAAUUCUGGGUGGAAGAGGAGCCUGAGAGCAUCAUGCAGUUCAACCACUACAGAGAGAAGUUCCACGACAAGGUCAAAGGGUACCUUCAAGAGCCAGAUGUCGCCCUCAUCUUGAAGGUGGACACUAAAAACUGAUCCACACUCCCAAUAGACCCGAAAUUACUUUGAACAGAUGACUGAAUAAUAGCGUUCUUUACGGACACCUCUCUCCCAUGCUUCCUGUUUUUAAACAUAAUAACAGCAGUUUUAUGAUACUUUAAACCACAGAGCCUCAGUCAGUGAUCAUUCCUGAGCACUAUACUGUAGAAUUAUUGGUUUAUGUGGUCAGCGACAUGCCCAUGCUUAACACUACAAGAAAUUUUAGCUCAUGAGGAUGGUUAGAACUAGUUGGUCCUGUAGCUAGAUUGGCACACUCUCCUCACUUGAUAUUUUGGUUGCAUGUAUUUAUGAUUCCUGUGAGUUUACUCUUGUGUUCGUCCAUCAUCUCAGGAAUUGUCCACAGAGGAAGAUCAUAUAUGGUCAAUAUCAAAGGUGUGUUUUUUCUUGAGCAAAAUUGUCUUGCACAUAGACAGUUCAAGCCUUUUGCAUGUUUUAAUGCUUUUUUUGAUGGCUAAUAAAUUUACCCCACAGUAUAUUUCUUUAAGUGGCCUGUUGCCAUGUAACAGAAUUUAAUGGUUAAUGUAUUUUUAAUGUGUAACUUUGUAGUCAGUGACAAAAGCAGUGAAAGUACUGCAUGGUACUAGUAUUCUUGUUGAGAAUGAGCAAACACAUACACAAUUACUGUCUUGCAGUGGGGUUUGUGUAUCAAUAUUCACUGUCUUAUUUAUACAAUUUUGCAGGACGUUUUGUAGUUCAAGUCACACUAUGAAUUGCUUUGUACAGUUGGAGAGAUGCAGACAAUAAUAAACUAAAUCAGUGGUUAAGAACUUU